AUGGAGACGGUGGAGCUAUUGCUGCAGUCGGACAAGUUCCCGACAGUUUCCGAGGAACUAGUGGUGGACGCAAUACUUGGGUGGGUGAGGGCUAACGUCGACGAGAUGGACGGGAGACGGGAGGCGAUGACGAGGCUGUCCACGCACAUUGAGUUUAAGUGCCUGAGUUGGAAGUACCUAGAGAUGGUGCGGGAUGCUCCGGAAAUGCAGUCGCAGUCGAUUCAAGGAACGGUCCACGACCUCAUGGAGCUGCGGUCAUAUGUCGACGGGCACGAGAGAGACUGGCCUGCGGACGCCCCUUGCUUCGGGAUAGUUAAGAGAUCCCACCUUGAGAUGAUAGGCACUUUCCGUCCGGGAAGGAAUUGUACAGCAGCUUCAAAGACGCGAGCUUUGGCCUGGAACCCGUGGGUAAUCAUUAGGAUCAACUGCGGAGGGAUGGGACAGCAUACACUUACAUACAUGGGAGCAGUUUUAGAGUCACUGCUAUAGUGUCACUGAGGGAAUCCCGGCACCUAAGAAUCUGAACGGAAAGAGCUAAGAGCCUUCCUUCCUAUAUAGACGCACCCGACGGUGAACUAAAGCGACCCACUUCUCCUAGAACGUGCGCCCUAAAUAGACACGAACCUAAAGUGCGUAAAUUGGCGGGCAAAAAUUCUGCCCGUUUUGUUACAAUAUGCAACGCCUGCAGGAAAUCCUUUCCGACCUGAGGGAGCAACACUUGCGAUUCAUUGACCGACUUGUGGAUCUGAGAUUUGAGACCUUGAGAAACGCUCUCGGUUGGAAAUGCAAGGAGUGUUCGUAUCAGAUUCAGCCCUUUGACAUCUCCACCUAUGUCAGCC